CUUAUAUUUUCCGUUUAGAUUUUUUUCAUCUGUACCUGACACAUUGUCAUGCCUGGCCAGCGUGAUUCCCUCUUGGAUGGCUGUCCGUUCCCACCUCUCCCUCCUGUGCAACCUGCACAAACAGAUCCUCUACCAGGACCACAGGCUGCCGCUACAGCAAGGCUACACCACAAGAAGCGGAAGGAGGACAUCGUAUCCCGCCGCCACCAGAGAACAGUAAUGAAGAAAAGGGCCCUUACAGAAUAACAGUGCCUGUUUCAUCUGCAACAAGCAAGGUCACUGGGUCACAGACUGUCCAGAAAGACGCAACCGACAACAGGGACGCGAACAACAAGUAUUCAGUCGUGACUACACAGCUGGAAACUGAUGUCAAACAGACAUUGGAGAGGUCGGUGAACACAGCCUGACGGAGAGGAACACGCGCCGCCCGAAGCUACAGAACAGGGAAGUGAAACACACACAUACACACACAUUGUCAAUGCUAUUGAACUGCUGCAGGAAGAAGCUAUGAAACCAGUGGGCACAUAUGUAAAAUACAAUGCUAAGAAUUCGUAUGAAAAGUUCCCCACUCUGUCUUUGGACAUCCUAGGUAAAAAGAUUGUAUUUUUGGUUGAUUCAGGUGCCACUCACUCUGUUGUUAAAAUUAGUGAUCUGCCUGACUGCAAGUUGAGUGGCAGAUACAUCCAUUCUAUUGGAGCUGCGGGUGUUACUGUUAAAGAAAGAUUCUCCAUGCCAGUAAAAUGCACAGAUAUAGGUGAUAACAGCCACCCUUUUCCCUCAUCUGUUAAACACAGUUUUCUACUAUCAUCAGUCUGUCCCAUAAAUUUCAUGGGAAGAGAUUUGAUAUUACAGUUUGGUCUCAACCUCAUCUCCACCGAUGAAGGUUUAGAAGUCAGACGUUCAUCUCCCAUAAUGCUCAACACUGCAUUAUGGCAACCUGAUACAUCAUUUGUGUGUCUUUGGCUCCUAAAUUUUCCUGUAUCAGAAAAACUGAUACAUUUGACCCAUCAGCGGGUUCUUUCCAAUGCUGUAUUCAUGCCUAAUGAUCAUUUGCAUUGUACUGUUCAUGUGGAUGAAGGAGGUGCAUCUCAAUGCUUUCAGCAGGAUUUUCUUAUGGAUGACAUUAAUGAUGAGAUAAUGUUGAAGACUAUGUAUUGGAGCUCGCUGCGCAAUGCUAUUUCUGUUACUCUCACACUCCCCCAAUCAGCACUGUAUCAAGUGUCAGGGGCGGUGCCACAUGUCUCUCUAGCAAAAGCUCCGGCAGACAAAUGGCAAGAUUUGGGCCCUCUCGUUAAAGAUUGGGAGUCACCUGAUGACUGGCAACCCACACACACACAUCAUUUAUUAUGUACUCUCCCUCUAAAGACGUCUAUAAAAAUGACAUCCACUGUACAGCACACACACUCCGCUCUGCAAUAUGCAUUGACUCUGAAGACACUCCAGGAGUGCCUCCUACACAAGGUACAUACUUUGCAAAUGUUUCUGAUCUCCCACUGGCUUUGUCAGAUGUUCCAAGAACAUUAUGGGCAGCUCACAAAUAUGAUGUAGGUUUAAUUCGCUCCGCUGAUCCUGUGAUUAUUACUCCCAAAUCAUCGUAUCGCCCAAAUCGACCUCAGUAUCCACUUAAACGCGAAGCUAUUGACGGAAUUAGACCUGUAUUCACUUCUCUGUUACAGCAAGGCAUUAUUAUUCCAUGCAAAGACUCUCCAGUGCGAACACCUGUGUUUCCUGUGAAAAAGAUUCGGGACAAGCCACCUGAUGAAUGGAGAUUUGUACAGGAUUUCCGUGCUGUAAAUGAGGCCGUACAUGCACGCGCUCCGCUCGUGCCCAACCCGUACAUCAUUCUCUCUCAGGUUCCCGCUUCCGCAAUCUACUUCACUGUUGUUGACCUCUCUAAUGCUUUUUUCAGUGUCCCUGUUCAUAAGGACAGCCAAUUUUGGUUUGCAUUUGAGUUUGAUGGAAAGCCCUACACAUUCACACGUCUGUGUCAAGGGUAUUGUGAAUCACCCACAGUCUAUAAUAUGGCAUUAUGUUCUAGUCUGUCUGCUUUACAGAUGUCUAAGGGAACGGCCCUUAUUCAAUAUGUUGAUGACAUUAUGAUCUGAUCACCAACCCAAAGCCCAAUGUCAAACUGAUACUAUUGCCCUGCUAAAACAUUUGGCUGCUGAGGGUCAUAAAGCUAGCCUGUCUAAACUUCAGUAUGUACAGAAGUCUGUCACUUUUCUGGGCCACAUCAUUUCAGGGGAUGGUAAAGCUCUCACUGACAAGCGUAUUGCAUCAUUAGCUGCAUUACCAAAACCUGUCACUAAGAGACAGAUGAUGUCAUUUUUGGGUAUGUGUUCAUACUGCAGAUCAUUCAUCCCUAACUAUUCUCCCCUUGAACAACCACUCAGACAGAUCACUCACGUGUCUGGGUUAAAACCUGCCGAUCGGUUACAAUGGACACCUGAGGCUGAUGCUGCAUUUUUAAACAUGAAGCUAGCCCUUCAAUCCCCUCCUACGCUGGGGCUGCCUGAUCCUACUAAACCUUUCACCCAAGCGGUUGAUGAACGUGAUGGCUGUAUGACUUCUGUGUUGCAGGAUCAUGGGGGAAAACAGAGUCCUGUUGCCUAUUUCUCCUCCAAAUUAGACGCUGUGGCUGCAGGCCUCCCUAAAUGUCUUUGUGCUGUAGCUGCUGCUGAGAAAGCACUCACUUCCUCACGUGACAUUGUCGGCUAUGCUCCAUUGUCGGCUAUGCUCCAUUGACUCUUUUGGUGCCUCAUGCUGUGUCUCUCAUCCUGUGUGAACAGAGAACUUCACACCUCUCUGCUGCUCGCUAUUUAAGACAUCACACAUGUCUUUUGGACAUGCCAAAUGUUGUAGUCAAACGUUUUACUACUCUCAAUCCUGCAUCUCUUAUGCCCCUACCUGAUGACGGUGAUGAACACGACUGUGUUGCCGAAUUGCUCAUUGUGUGCACACCACGACCUGACCUUAAAGACAUACCUUUGACUAAUCCUGAUCUUGUUCUGUAUGUUGAUGGGUCCGCAUCUCGCAUCUGGGUCCGCAUGGUAAGUGCUAUUAAUACACACUGGUACACAAGGGGUUUAACGGUUGUGGCUCAAAAACAUUGUGAAGCAUGUUUAAUUUGCAUAACCCAAAAUUCUGGUAAACCUGUAAAGGUUCAAGGGACAGGUGCACACCCACUCCCCGGUGGGCCAUUUGAGCAUAUCAUGCUUGAUUUUAUAGAACUCUCUCCAUCAGAAGGAAAGAAACACUGCCUAGUUGUAGUAGAUAUGUGGUCAAAAUGGGUUGAAGCAUUUCCUGUAAAAGCACAAACAGCAGGGGCAGUAGCAAAAAUACUACUAAGAGAGAUUAUCCCAAGAUGGGGUCUGCCAAAGAAAGUAUCAAGCGAUAACGGCUCACACUUUGCAAACGAAGCAAUAGCCCAAAUCGGUGAAUACCUUGGCAUGGACAUUAGGAAACAUUGCUCAUAUCACCCUCAAAGUGGAGGUGCUGUUGAAAGAGAAAAUGGCACAAUCAAAAAUAAACUAGCUAAAUGUUGCGCUGACACAAAGAUGUCCUGGACACAAGCUCUGCCAAUAGUGUUGAUGUACAUGAGAAUGAGGAAAAGAACCAGAAGUCAGCUGGGCCCAUUUGAGAUAUUGUUUGGUGCUCCUCCUCAGAUUGGAUUGACGGCGCCAGGGAUGCCACUUCCCUCCACGACUCUGUGUGAGGAUGCUAUGUUGAGCUAUUGUAUUAACCUCUCAUCCAAUUUAGCAGAUAUCCGCCGCCAGGUUGUAGCAGCCCUACCAACACCUGCAGACGGACCCCUGCACAACCUUCAGCCCGGAGACACGGUGCUGAUCAAGGAUUUCCGCAGAAAGAGCUGGAAAACCAGUCGUUGGCAGGGUCCAUACCUCAUCCUCCUCGUCACCCAGACGGCAAUAAAGGUUGUAGAAAGAGCUACUUGGGUCCACGCAAGCCACUGCAAAGCCGUAACAACUCAUCAGGAGGAGAACAAAGAAACAGAUGACGACAAGUAGUGUGCCAAACUACCACCAGCACCACACCACACACACACACCACAAACUUAGCUACUGUUUAUAAUUGUCUGUGCCACGUUAUAGGUGAUUCAUGCUGUACCUACAUACCCGAUGUAUCCCAGAACAUGUCUACAACCAUAUUUCAUCUCAACGCCCCCUUAGCUGACAUGAAAGCUGAGGACGUCCCCCUUAGCUCUGGCUGGGACUGGUGGUCUUGGCUCACUGGGGGCAGAUGGGAAGCAUGGGCAGUCUGGAUAUUGACGGUGUACAUGUGAAAACUGUACAAUUAUGGAAGCAAUUGAAGAGCUGCUGCCAAGAAAAGGAU